CCUCCACAGCAGCUCAUUCGUUGCUGACAUCUCAGUGAGGAAACAUGCCUGAACCCGCUAAGUCUGCGCCCAAGAAGGGCUCCAAGAAAGCGGUGACCAAGACCGCCGGCAAAGGAGGCAAGAAGAAGAGAAAGACCAGGAAGGAGAGCUACGCCAUCUACGUGUACAAGGUGCUGAAGCAGGUGCAUCCCGACACGGGCAUCUCGUCCAAGGCCAUGAGCAUCAUGAACUCGUUCGUCAACGACAUCUUUGAGCGCAUCGCCUCCGAGGCGUCUCGUCUGGCUCACUACAACAAGCGCUCCACCAUCACCUCCAGGGAGAUCCAGACCGCUGUGCGCCUCCUGCUGCCCGGUGAGCUGGCCAAGCACGCCGUGUCUGAGGGCACCAAGGCCGUCACCAAGUACACCAGCUCCAAGUAGACAAGCUGUUUACUAGCUGCACAACAAAGGCCCUUUUCAGGGCCACCCACUACUGCUGGAAAGCAAUGAUUACACAAUUAGACAAUCUCUAAUUGUCUAUCACUGUGUAUGCUAGGCUAGAUAUUGCAUUUCAGUGUUCCAGAAAUCAAUGAUAGUGGGCUAAUGUUAGUGUACAUAUAGAAAUACUAGCAAUAUUGCUAUCUUGGCAAUGAUAGGGGAAGUGAAACCAUUAAGAUCAUUUCUGUUCAGGUUAACUGGUAUACAACAUUUACAUGAUUAGGCAUUUGGAAGUGUGUUAUUCCAAUAUUGUUACAUUUGUGUGGGUACCAGCACAUAUAGGAAUUAAAGCAAGUUAAAUUGCAGAUAAGACUAAGGCGGCAUCAAAAAUAGAAUUAAGAGUAUCAUUAAAUGGAGACUGAAGGAAAAGUGACAAAAGCAAUGGGACGAAGAGUGGGAAAAAGUGGGUUGUAUGAUUUAACGGAAAGCAGAGAAUAGUUAUUUCAAGACUUGGAUUUGGACAUAAUGGAUUAAAUGACCCACUAUUCAAAAUUGGAAGUCGUAUUUCAGGUAGAUGUGAAUAUUGUGGACAAGAAGAAUCAGUUGAGUUUUUUUUUUUUUUAAACUAUUAUAAAACACUAUGAACACAUGAAUGUUUUCAAACAGUUGAAAUAAAGUUGUCUCCUCCUCUCUCACUCCCUCUGUCGGACACCAAAGCCCUAACGCUCUGACUGGUCACUAUGGCAAUGUUUAAACACGCUGUCACUACAGACACACCAAAAAAGUGUGUGAAUUUUAACUCACCAUAACGCUAAAAUCGAUGGGAGCCCUGAGCUUGUUUCUCUGCAACGAGACGGUCCCAUCUGGGUGUAAUGUGUAACGUCUGUGACUUGCAGGAGCUGUGAAGCAGCGUUUAUGCACUCAAGAAUCUUUGGUUUGCAUGCUGACCAAAUAAAUGAAAGAACAUUUGCUUAUGGCAUUCUUGAGCCAAUUGCUUCACUACGCUCCUCUUUUCUUUUCUGUCACUGUUCAGGGAUAUUUUGAUGAGGGUUUUUAUAAUCUCACCAUAUCUGUGUGUCAACGCAGAAAGCGC